GGUGGCGCAGCCGAGCGCUGACGGGGGCCGAGCCGCGCGAGUCAGAGCAGGGUUGGCACCGUGGAGGCGACGGCGCGCGGCGGUGGGGCAGCUGGACAUUCCCCGCGGGGCAGAUGUUUCUGGACCAGAUGACGCUUGAGGAGCUUCCCAGCUCUGAGACACUAGGCUAGGAAACCCCAGUCUGGAUCUGCAGAAGAUUUCUCCUGUCCUCUUCGCACAAUGUCAGGGAGUCACGUACCUUCUGCCAAUGGCCCCUUCUCAGCCCUGACUCCGAGCAUGUGGCCCCAGGAGAUCCUGGCCAAGUACGCGCAGAAGGAGGAGGCCGUGGAGCAGCCGGAGUUCUGCUAUGAUGAGUUCGGGUUCCGCGUGGACAAGGAAGACGCAGAUGGCACCCCCUAUUCUGGCCAGCUGCUGGAGGAUCCUCCCCAGAGGCUGCGCUGGCAGGCCCACCUGGAGUUCACCCACAACCAUGACGUGGGGGACCUCACCUGGGACAAGAUUGCCGUCUCCCUGCCCCGCUCGGAGAAGCUCCGCUCCCUGGUGCUGGCCGGGGUCCCCCACAGCAUGAGGCCGCAGCUGUGGAUGCGGCUAUCCGGGGCCCUACAGAAGAAGAGGAACUCUGAGCUGUCCUACCGAGAGAUCGUGAAGAACAGCUCCAACGAUGAGACCAUUGCCGCCAAGCAGAUCGAGAAGGACCUGCUCCGCACCAUGCCCAGCAACGCCUGCUUCGCCCACGUGAGCGGCGUCGGGGUGCCCCGCCUGCGCAGGGUGCUCCGAGCGCUGGCCUGGCUCUACCCGGAGAUCGGCUACUGCCAGGGCACGGGCAUGGUGGCUGCCUGCCUCCUGCUCUUCCUGGAGGAGGACGACGCCUUCUGGAUGAUGUGCGCCAUAGUGGAGGACCUGCUCCCUGCCUCCUACUUCAGCACCACCCUGCUGGGCGUGCAGACGGACCAGCGCGUCCUGCGGCACCUCAUCGUCCAGUACCUGCCUCGCCUGGACAGGCUGCUCCAGGAGCAUGACAUUGAGCUGUCGCUCAUCACGCUGCACUGGUUCCUCACGGCCUUCGCCAGUGUGGUGCACAUCCGCCUGCUGCUGCGCCUCUGGGACCUGUUUUUCUACGAGGGCUCCCUGGUGCUGUUCCAGGCCACGCUGGGCAUGCUGCGCCUCAAGGAGGACGAGCUGAUCCAGUCGGAGAACUCGGCCUCCAUCUUCAACACGCUGUCGGACAUCCCGUCGCAGCUGGAGGACGCAGACCUGCUGCUGGCGGAGGCCAUGCGGCUGGCGGGCUCGCUCACCGCCGUGGCCGUGGAGACCCAGCGCCGCAAGCACCUGGCUUACCUCCUGGCUGACCAGGGCCAGCUCCUGGGUCCCAACGCCACCGCCAGCCUCUCUCAGGUGGUCCGCCGCAGGACCCAGCGGAGGAAGUCCGGCAUCACAUCACUGCUCUUUGGGGAGGAUGACCUCGAGGCGAUGAAGGCCAAGAACAUCAAGCAGACGGAGCUGGUGGCUGACCUUCGGGAAGCCAUCCUGCGCGUGGCCCGCCACUUCCAGUGCACAGACCCCAAGAACUGCAACGUGGAGCUGACCCCAGACUACAGCAUGGAGAGCCACCAGCGGGACCAUGAGAACUACGUGGCCUGCUUGCGCGGCCACCCGCGCCGGGCCAAGGCCCUGCUGGACUUCGAGCGCCAUGACGACGAUGAGCUGGGCUUCCGCAAGAACGACAUCAUCACGAUCGUCUCCCAGAAGGACGAGCACUGCUGGGUGGGGGAGCUGAACGGCCUGAGAGGCUGGUUUCCGGCCAAGUUCGUGGAAGUCCUGGAUGAGCGGAGCAAGGAGUACUCCAUCGCGGGGGACGACGCUGUGACGGAGGGGGUCACAGACCUCGUGAGAGGGACCCUCUGCCCGGCCCUCAAGGCCCUGUUUGAGCACGGACUGAAGAGGCCUUCGCUGCUCGGGGGCGCCUGCCACCCCUGGCUGUUUAUCGAGGAGGCGGCGGGCCGGGAGGUCGAGAGAGACUUCGACUCCGUGUACUCCCGCCUGGUGCUGUGCAAGACCUACAGGUUGGACGAAGAUGGCAAAGUCCUGACCCCAGAGGAGCUGCUCUACCGGGCUGUGCAGUCUGUUAACGUGACUCACGACGCCGCACAUGCACAAAUGGACGUGAAGCUCCGCUCCCUCAUCUGUGUGGGGCUCAACGAGCAGGUGCUGCACCUGUGGCUGGAGGUGCUCUGCUCCAGCCUGCCGACCGUGGAGAAGUGGUACCAGCCCUGGUCCUUCCUGCGCAGCCCUGGCUGGGUCCAGAUCAAGUGCGAGCUGCGGGUCCUCUGCUGCUUUGCGUUCAGCCUCUCCCAGGACUGGGAGCUUCCUGCAAAGAGAGAGGAGGAGAAGAAGCCCCUGAAGGAGGGCGUCCAGGACAUGCUAGUGAAGCACCACCUCUUCAGCUGGGACAUUGACGGGUGACGUGCUUCUCCAGGGGCCCUGUCUCACCCAGGUGCCCCCCUGCCCGCCCAGCAAGGAGAGAACGGCCCGGCCCAGGCCAGCCCGAAGCUUCAGGGUCAAGGGGAGGACACGCUCCAGGGCUCUGGGCACCGUGGUGGGGGGUGCAGAGGGUGGCAGGAACAGGAGGAGGUGCCUAGCUUUGCCGAGCCCCCCAGGACUCGGGGAGGGCCUUGUCCUGCCAGCGUCUUCACAGAGGCCCUGGGCCCAGCGCCACGUGCUGACCAAGUACUUCGGGAGGAGGUGGGCACUAGCUCCGUGCUGUCAGGUUUUGCUCAGGAAGAGGGUGGGGGUGGCUGAAGGCUCCUGGGCCUCCUUGAUUUAUCAAUAAACUCUUGUCUUUGAGAAAGCA